AUGACAGGCGACGUCUCCUACGAAGCCUACAAAGGCGACGGCUCCGUCUCAGCCGGCUGGCCGGACCAAACCGACUGGAUCGACUUCCGCAACAUGUGGUUCAUCAAUCAAAACACCCUCAUCAACAAACUCUGCGACAACACCCCCGCCGAAACCACAAACCUCUACAAGGCCAUUCUCCAAGUCUCCACCUCCACCUCCGUCGACCCGCGCUUCAUCCUCGCCGUCAUCAUGGAGGAAUCGCACGGCUGCGUCCGCGUGCAGUCGACCUCCUUGUCCGUGACCAACCCAGGCCUGAUGCAGUCCUACCAGGGCAAAGGCUCCUGUGCGUCCCCGACGCUGCUGAACCCGUGUCCGUGGAGCGAGAUCGUGCAGAUGAUUAAUGAUGGCACGGCGCCGAAUGCCGCCGGCGUGGAUUUGAAGGAUUUGUUGGGGGAGAGUAAUAAGACGGAUGUGAGUAUGUAUUAUAUUGCCAGUCGGAUGUAUAAUAGUGGCAAGUUGAGUGUGGGCGCGGAUGGGGAGUUGAGUGUUGGUGGGGCGAAUGCUUGUUAUGCAGCGGAUAUUGCGAAUCGGUUGAGGGGAUAUGUCGGUGGUAGCUGUGGUGACUCGACGGGAUAA